CCUCGUCGCAGCUACGUGCAGUGUUCGUGCUAUCGGCAACAAUUAGAAGCUACAAUUAGCUUUUCACGACACUGUGUCCGGGCAAUGCUUGUUUAUGUGGGCCUUUAUGCGUAUGUAAAUUACUCCAGAGUGAGAGGGAGGGGCGUGCCUCUACCUGUGAGCUACGGGAGUCGGGGCGCGGCAACGACUACACCGUUGGCCCGUCGAGAGUCUCGCGGUGCUCCUAAACCUGGAGCACCUGCAACUACAGUAUUACCACUCCUCCAAAAGUGCUAUCACAGUAAAAGUGGUCCAGGUGCUCGCAGCUUGCGACGCUGGACUUCGCACCAGGUUGGUGGCAGGCGUGUUGUCUGCCUACUUUACGCAGACGACCUCACACUGUGCGCUCUGACUGUCCACCGUAUGCAAUUCGGUGCGACCCGACUUGUCCGGGCCCGGAUGGCCGUCCUCCAAUGCGGGGGUGGCGUCCCGAUGAGCCACACCGACUGAACUGAACUAUGGGCGGCGGACGGGAGCUAGCACAACAAUAUUCACAUCUACCUAUACUUUCAUAUCUGCCUCCACCGGGACUGACACCAGCUUCGCGACGAGUCAGCAAAUUUGAGUUGCUCUCGUUCCGGAGUGCCCGCUUAGCUUUUAUACUUCAACAUGUCAACCACAUGCAUUCAAGCGAAGUUCCCGGGCGCCAGGUUGCGCAACACACGAUGCAGCAACUCCCGCCCCGUCUCGCGGGCUCGCAUGGCUGUCGUGAGACCAGUGGCAUACCUUCAUGCUGGACAGACAGAGCAACGGAGGCGCUACGAUGCCGAGUUCACCAUGAUGAGCAGCCGACUCGGUGGAGUGGUGCAUCAGGCUGUGGCCGCGGCCGUGUGCAACGGCGUCUGGCCGCGCCAGCCCCUGCCCUUCCCCUCGCUGGCCAGCGCCCCCCCUGCCCAGCAGCACCAGCACCAGCAAGACUAUGCAUCCGGCAGCGCCGCGAGUGGCGGCGGCUCGGGCGCGGGCGCGGGCUCGCCGACGGGCCUUGCGUCGGCGCUGCUGCGGUGCCUGGAGGACCAGCUGCAGGCCAAGAAGUUUGAGGGCGGCGCUGACGAGGCCGCCGACGUGCUGUCAGGCUUCGCCAGCGCCUCCCUGCUGCACUACCCCGGCAGCGGCCUGCAGGCCGUGGUGGAUGACCUGGCAAUGGCGGCCGCAGAUGCACGCGGCGACGCCGCCCCGGCGGCCGUGGCGGCGCUCCGGGCGCUGGCAGGUGCGGUGGGCCGUGUGGCGACACUGCCCGCUGCCGACAUUUCCCGUGACAAGGCCGCAGCCGUGGCGGUAUGCCUGCUGGGCAUGGCCGAAGCCCUGGAGGGCGCCACCAGGCGUGCUGGACCCACCACCCUGACGACCGCGGAUGGCGCCACACAACGGGCGACUGGGGCUGGCGCGGCGCACGUGGCCACCACCGCGGGCCAGCAGGCUCAGGAGUCGGCCCUGCUGCGUGAAGCGCAGGUCGUGUUCGACUGCAUCGCCGACCCCGCCUCCGGCGCCUCCUCCCGCACCACCACCACCACUGCCACUGCUACCGAGGCCGGCGGCCGCACCGCCUCGCCUCACGCGCCGGCGCACCCGCUGCUGUCGCUGUUCGAGACGGCCCUGUUCAACACCAACACCUGGCGCCCGCAUUCCGCAGCUGAGAUUGCCUCCUCCUUGGUGAUGCUGCUGUCGCGCGCUCUGUCUCCGGCCCGCGCCGGCAACACCGUCACAGACGGCGGCGCAGUGGCCCGAGGCGCGGCGGCGGGCGCGCUGGCGGCGCUGGCGCAGGCGCAGAGUGAGCUAGUGGCAACGCUGCGGGCGCAUGGCGCGGAGCCAGUGUCAGCGGGCCGGCUGCUGGCGGCGCUGGCCGAGGCGCUGGCGGCGGCGGUUAUCACUCGUGACGCCUGCGACCCCGGCCGCGGCCCGCGCCCCGUGGCCAUGUUUGGCGAGGCCCAGCUGCUGGCGGGCCUGAGCCGCAUGUGCACCGGCGAGGCCAUGGCAAUGGCGGCGCAGGACCCAGGCGUUUCCGCCGCCGCCGCCACCGCCGCCGUGGCGGUUGCCGCGGGCGCCGGCGGCGACUCCAGCGCCGACCGCGAGUUGGCAGUGAGUGACGCCAGCCUGGUGUUGGAGGUGCUGGCGGAGCAGGCGCGGCACGUGGCGGAGGCGCACCGCGAGCACAUCAGUCAGGUGCUGCAGGACCUCCGCGACGUGCCGCGUAGCCUGGGUGCUCUGAGCGAUCUGCCGGCCGAGCUGACUCACCCCGCCCGGCACCGCUCGCCCAAUACCUCCGGUACCGGCGCCGCCGCGGCCGCCGCCGCCAGCCUGCGCCGCCACACCGCCGCCGGCAUCAACACGAACGGCCUCCUGGAUUGAUGCGGCUUAGACACUGCGUAUACGGCAUUACGCGUAUGCCAUGGUACGUUCGGAUGUGGCGCCACGAGAGGACGUUCAGGAGCAGGAGCAGAAUCAGCAGAAUUUAGGUCAGGAGGAGCGGCGGGAGCUCAGCAGGCUGGUGCGCCCAUUUGUCCCUCAGAAAACCAGCGGGCAUGGUCGGAGCGUCGAAUGACAAUUGGCAGAGGAUGGCGGACGCAGAGACAUUGGGGCGUUUAGCACGGUCGCCGGGCCUGCAGGUGCAAUAGUCGUAGCAGCUAUAUCACCGGGGGUGAAGGCACGGGUGGAGAGGCCGCCUAGCGCCAUACAUGUUUUGCUGGUCGGAUGGUAUGUUGUACACAAGCAUAUGAUUUUGGUGCGAUUCUAGCCUCGUGCCGUUUCGUAUCGGCGUCGUAGUAAUCGUCUGUUCGUCUUUUCAUGUUUUGAUGAGACUGGAUUACACCCCGUAGUUCGCACAACAUGCGUGACUGUCAUCAGGCAUUGUGGGUGCAGAGCUUAGCACAGGUCUCGUAUCAUGGGUGAGGACUCGUUGAUGUUGAGUUGCAAGCGCAGAGCAAGGGCGGCGGCAGUGGACGAGGGUGGACGGUUAGAGUCGAUGGCUUUGGAUGCGACUGCUGGUUCGGGAAUGCGGGCCCCAAAGCCCCCACGGGGUGCCCCCUGGCGCCCCCGACCACCCCACUGAAGUGCGGGAAUGCGCUUAGGCACCCCUGUCAUUGCAUCACACAAGUCCAGCACCUAGCUGCAUGGCUGGACCCAACUGCACGCGCUGUCGAAUAGCCAUGCCCAACAUGCCGUGCCGGGAGAUGCACACUUGGAAUUCAUUGUCUUCAGACCGCGGGAACACGACCUGAAAGACUGAACCAGCACCUGUGCACAGCGCGUGUGGGCAAGGCGUGUGGGUACAGUCCGGUCCAUGCUGACAUUAUUUUGCCCUUGUAAUGCCAGUUCCCU